UGAUUUUGCAUUUCCAGGAAAGAUCAGUAUGUAAACAAAACAGAUCUCUCCCGUCAGCUCCUGCACACUGCUUUGUAUUGCUCUGCAUAGCAGAGCAAUACAAAGCAGCAUGCUUACCACAGUAAAUCACACACAGCACACACAGUAAAACAGCACAAAGUUAACCCUUUGAUCGCCCCAGAUGUUAACCCUUUCCGGCCCAGUGCCAUUAGUAGUGUCAGUGCUUUUUUUUUUUUUAGCACUGAUCACUGUAUUAGUAUCACUGGGGAUGUCAGUGACACCAAGUCAGUUCCCCCCAGUGUCAGAAUGCCCGUAGCAGUCCCACUAUAA